AUGGCGCACGAGAAUUUAAGUGAGAGAGAUCGUGCGGUUUUGAGAAGUAUUUUUGAUCCUACAGCAACAAUUGGUGAUGUAGCUGAUGACGGAGAUAAGUUUGGGGAAGAUGAAGAAGAUAAUACACCAGCAAACGAAGAAUCGAAAACUCUUUGCAUCCAAGGGGUGAAAUUAGCGGAAUCAGGAAAACUGGUCGAAGCUUUGGAGCUGCUUAGCCGAGGAAUUGAAGCUGCACCAAACAGAGCUUCGGGGUAUAAUGACAGAGCACAACUUUUGCGGCUUAUGCAGAGAGAUGAGGAAGCAGUAGCAGACAUAAAUCAAGCCCUUAAGUUAACUGAAGGCAAGCGAACUCGGUCGCGUGCGCUAGCUUUGUGUCAGCGCGGCGUGAUGUUGCGGAAGAGUGGAUCUGACGAUGAAGCACGCACUGCCUUCUCUGAGGCUGCUAAGCUGGGAAGUAGCUUUGCUAGAAAACAGGUGGUGGAAUUAAACCCUUACGCUGCCCUGUGUAAUCAAAUGCUCAGCCAAGUUAUGAAAGGAGAGAAUAUAAAAUUAUGA